GGCCGGCACGGAGCACCGGCACCGGCGGGUCCCGGCAGGGAGCACCGGCACCAGCCGUGGCUGGUCAGCUGUCACUCAGUCCGUCCGUCCCGGUACCGAGUGCUGAUACCGACUGGGCCCCGGUAUCGGCAGUGAGUUCGGGUGUGGAAGAGACAUUCCCCUGACCUCUUGAAGUGGCCUGGUGUGCAUCCUGAGCAAGAAGAGGAGCCUUGGUUAUCCCAGCCACGAGUGGACCUGGGAGGAGGAGGAGCUGUGCUUUGACCUUCUGAGAAGCAUGGAUCAAAACUCAGACUCCUUGCUUUCCAGAAUAUUUACUGGGUAUGAUGAUCCUGAGAAUGCUGAAGUGUAUGAAGAUGAACUUUAUCCCGAGGAGUCAUCCAGUGAGCAGAGUGUUGAUAGUGAGGUGGAGUUUCAUCUCUACAGCCAGAUCCACUACUCCCAGGAUCUUGGAGAAAUCAGCACACUGGAAAGGGAUGAGGAAGCUGAUGCUGGAGAAGCCGUGGGUCAAAGUUCAGGUCUAACUGAGAAAGAGGAUGAAGAUGAGAACCUCACUGAGCUCACUGAUGGUGGUACUCAGCUCACAGAGGAGCCCGAGGUCAUCGUCCUGUCUGACACCCCAGAUGAAGACAGCAUCUACAAAAGCAAGGCAAAGAGGUCAAGAUGCUCUUCAGCUCAAGGGAAGGCACACAUCCAGCCGGUCUCUUCCACACCAAACCACACCAGAGCUGCGGGACAUGAUGCCCUGUGUCCCCCUGGGUCUGCUGUGGGCACACCAAGGCAGAGAGGCAGCAGCAGUGGCAGCCCUGCCCCAGUCCUUGCUGCUGGAGCUCAGGCCCCCCAGGAGGUGCUGGUGAUAGACAGCAGCUCGGAGGAGGAGAGCUUGAUCUCUGACAGUGAUGACAUCGAGAGCUGGAUGCUCCUGGGAGCUGGUGCUGAUGACAGGGAUGGAGACAUCAUGCUGAACCUCGAGGGCUGUGCCACUCCUGUCAGGAAAGGAGAAAUUGAUGUGAACUGGUCCAUCUCUCAUAAAGACUUAGAGGCACAGAUCUCCAACUACGCGGGCGUGAGGCACAGCAGCAUGCGGUACUACAGAGCUGACAAAAGUGUGACUUGUAGGAACUGCCACAGAACGGGACAUUUGUCCAAGAACUGUCCCACUCCAAAGAAAGCUCCCCCGUGCUGUCUGUGUGCAGGAAGAGACCACCUGCAGCACAGCUGCCCAGCACGUUUCUGCCUGAACUGCUGCCUGCCCGGGCACUAUUUCAGGGAAUGCCUGGAGAGAGCCUAUUGGAACAAGCACUGCAACCGCUGCGACAUGAAGGGCCACUAUGCUGAUGCUUGCCCAGAAAUAUGGAGGCAGUAUCACCUAACAACGAAGCCGGGGCCCAUCAAGGCGGCGGGCGCGCCCGCGGAGCGCGCGGUGUCCGUGUACUGCUACAACUGCUCCCGCCAGGGACACCUCGGAUACGAGUGCUCAGAGAAGAGGAUGCAGGGCAACAUGUUCCCCACUUCUCCCUUCGUCUACUACUACGAUGACGAGUGCGACAUCAGGAGGAGAGCCAACAGGUUAAAGAGAAAGGUGGCAGACCUGCAGGAAGCUGGCCUUCUGCCAGAACAGUCUGAAACACCAUUGCAGGAAGAACAGCUUGAGGUGCCCAGCCACAAGAAAAAGAGCAAACUCUGGAAAGAACCACAGGGGAAGCAAAGCAGGAACAGCGAGCAGCAGAAGAAGCUGAAGGUGAAGCGGGCAAAGAAAGGCCAGGAGGGGAAGCACAGGAAGGAUGCUGAAACCCACGGGGAGCCCGAGGACUUCCCCCGGGGGAGCAGGCAGCAGGGCUGCAAGGGCAGCAGGGCCCGCCGCAAGGGCCUGCUCCCAGCACGCCCGGGCAGCAAGGCCCUGUGUGUGCAGCAGCCCCCAGAAGGUGCCAAAAGGAAGAUGAAAUGGAAAAAGCAGAAAAUUGCCAGUCCUGACAGCAGGGACAAUCUAUUCCUUAUAAAGCAGCGGAAGAAGAAGUCCAAACAGAAAUCCUGGUGAUGGCAGGUAGCACUGGCAUUCCCUGCUCUGGCUCUGCCUUGUCUUUACUCCUGUCCCUGUCUUAGCACACAAAUUGGAGUCUGUCCUGACCCAGCAUGCUGGGCACAUCACCCCCUGUCCAUCUGCACAGCCACAGGGGACCACUGUAUGUUUAUUUCCUUUGCUUGGAGGUGUGGGGGCACGCUGGGCUUGCAGGCUUUGUUUGUUCAGCACUGAGAUGUGGCUGUGCUGUUGGAGCACAGCACCUUUGGGGCCAGGCAGACUUGGGUCAGGGGUGCUCGGGGUGGAAAGCAGGAACGUGGGUACAAAGCACAUCCCCUCAGCCACCAGUCCCCUCCAGAGAGCAGGAGGGCACUGGGCACUUCCCUCCCCCUGGAAGGGACAGCCAAGUCCCUGCUUUGUGCUUUGGGAUGCAGCAGUCCCCCACCUCACUCUCCAGAGCAGUGCCAUCCAAUCCUUGCCCUCAGGGCUCAACUUUUGGGGAUACAUUCUGUCCUAACCAGCUGUUCAGCAGAGCAGGAAUGAGCAGCUGGGCCUGGAACAGAGUUUACAUCUCACACUAAAUCUGUCCUUGUUCCUUGUAAUGUGUUGGAGGAAAAAGGAGUGGAGUAUGAAGAACACACUUGGUUCCAGUCACACUGUGCUAAAAUUUAAUUUUUUUUAAAUACAGUUAUUUUUGUACACUGGAAUUCAGCAUGUUGUUUUAAGGUUUGUAAAAGUAAAAUGCUUUAUCAAAGGAUUAACACAAAUAAAACUUUA